AGUCGUUACCUUUUUAUACGAUAAAGGCUGUUCAGCUUUACUUGCAAUGGCAGUAAACAACAAUCGAGCACUGUGAGACUCUCUGUGUGUGUGAGAGAAAAUGGCUUCCCAAUUCCCUAAACUCCUCGUCUUCUUCCUCUUCCAUCUGUUUUCACUUCACGUUUUCGCAAAUCUCGACCUUGAAGAUGGUUACACGGUGGUUACGGUAAUCGACGGCCACAAGCUCAAGAUAAACCCUCAUGCCGUACACUAUCGUCCUGGAUCGUCGGAUCUGAUCGUCCUUGAUUCUUCCCGUAGUGCAUUUUACAGCGUGAAAUUCCCAAUUACCCAAGAGAGUGUAAUUGAAUGGUUCUCUGGAGCCGCCGUGGAGGGUUAUUCAGAUGGCGAAUCGGGUACGGCCCAGUUCAGAAAACCCAAGAGCUUUGAUGUUGAUCUGAAAGGAAAUGUUUAUGUUGCUGAUAAAUACAACCACGUUAUAAGAAAGAUCAGCGAAUCCGGUGUGAGUACUAUAGCUGGAGGUUAUACCCAGAAGACUGGGGUUCAAGAUGGACCAGCACAAAACGCAACGUUUUCAGAUGAUUUUGAGUUGGCUUUUAUUGCUGAGAGAUGUGUUUUGCUGGUUUCGGAUCAUGGUAAUCAAAUGGUGCGGCAGAUCAAUCUGAAAGCUGAGGAUUGUGGUGGUGGUGGUGGGGGUUCUUCUUCCGCAACUCAAGGGGUUUCAAUUUGGAGUGUGGUAGUGGCUGUGAUACUUUCAUGCUUAAUUGGGAUUGUUGUUGGAUUAGUAUCGAGGCCCUAUAUUAGAUUUCAUCAAGGCAAGGGAGUUCAAGCUUACCAAGAGACAUGGAAGCGCUGCCUAAUCAGUCUGGAGAGAGUAGCUCAGAUUCCUUGCUUCGCCAUCAGAAGCGCAGUUGUUGAUUCUUACUGUGUUUGGUCACUCUUGAAGAGUCUCUUUUGGCUUAGUCUCUCUCAUCUUUGUAUUUUAUUUAGUACUGCUAAUUAUCAAGUACCCCAACCCCAAGUUUCAACUAAGGAUUCUGUAUCUUUGCUUGAUUCUGAUAGCUAUGGUAGUGGUAGUGAGAUUACAAAAUCAGAUAAGUAUGCCAAUCAACUGAAGGAUUUGAUGGGUGGUUUCGAUGGAAGCUGGGAUAUGUGUAGCCAGAUGUUCGAACAGAAAGCUGAAGAAAAUCCAGACAGAGACUUCCAUGGGACUGGGAAGAGGAUAGACAAUAUGAUAGAGAGUAAUAUCAUGCAUCUGGCUAAAGAAAAUACUUCAGUAGAUAGGUCUUUGAUAGCCAGCUCAGGUUUAGUGAAAAGGAGAUGAAAUGGUUAGAAGUUGCUAGGGAAAUGGUUUCUCGUAGUUUAAUGUAUAUAACUUUAAGAAGGCACUACGAGUAAUUAAAUAUUUGAACUCUAAGUUUAUCAUAUUUGGGAUUUAUGUUGAA